GCAGCCUGCCUUCACGAUUAUACGAGAUUGCAAAUCAAAAUGUAUCCUGCUAUUGAUCCGUGGCACUCAUAGCAUUAAAGAUACAUUGACAGCAGCAACUGGUGCAGUGGUCCCUUUCCAUCAUUCAGUUUUGCAUGAUGGUGGGCUAAGUAACUUAGUUUUAGGUUAUGCACAUUGUGGAAUGGUUGCUGCAGCUCGAUGGAUUGCUAAACUUAGUGUUCCUUGCCUCCUCAAGGCCCUUGAUGAGAAUCCUAGUUUCAAGGUUCAGAUCGUAGGUCAUUCUCUUGGGGGUGGGACGGCUUCACUUCUAACAUAUAUUCUGCGGGAGCAAAAAGAGUUUGCCUCGGCUACUUGCUUCACUUUUGCACCAGCUGCUUGUAUGACUUGGGAUUUAGCAGAAUCAGGCAAGCACUUCAUUACUACUAUUAUCAAUGGAUCUGAUCUAGUCCCAACAUUCUCUGCUGCUUCAGUCGAUGACCUUCGUUCUGAGGUAACCUCGUCCUCAUGGUCAAAUGACCUGCGUGAUCAGGUUGAACACACUAGGGUCCUUAGUGUUGUUUAUCGGUCUGCAACUGCUAUAGGAUCUCGUUUGCCCUCUAUAGCUAGUGCAAAAGCAAAAGUGGCUGGUGCUGGGGCGAUUUUGCGGCCUGUCUCAAGCGGCACUCAGGUUAUGCUAAAGCGUGCCCAAGAUGUAGCGCAUGCUGUUGUGCAGACCCGUUCAACUCUCUCAUCAUGGUCUUGCAUAGGACCACGCCGUAGAGCUAUUAGCUCCCAACUUAACUCUAAAGUCACAGACUUGCCGGAAGCAUCCGCUCUUAUACCCGAAAGAAGAAGCACUGAGGCUUUACUGGCUGAAACCGUAGUGAUAGAUCGUAAAGGUCACAAGAAAACAGACCAUUGUUCUUCAUCAAGCAGCAGCGAAUCAGAACGUGAGGAUGCAGAAGAAGAAGAUGAAGAAGAAGAAGAGCCAUUGAUUUCAAUCGACCAAGUCAUUGCUGAAACAUCUUCAAUAGAAGAAGACGUGACAGAAGGCGAGCUAUGGGAUGAACUGGACAAAGAGUUGACUCGACAGGAGAACGAAAGAGACAGUGAAGCCAUGGAGGAAGAAGCAGCAGCAGCAAAGGAGAUAACAGAGGAAGAGACUGUAAUUACGGGCGGGGGAGAUUCCUCCACAGGACAGAACCAGAGUCCAGUUUCAGCAUCUUCAGUGGACUUGUUAGAGGACCAACGGUUUUACCCGCCAGGUAAGAUAAUGCACAUAGUGUCAGUGACUGAGACAGAGUCUGAAACAGAACGUGAUGAAGUGAUGGUGGUGGGAACGACGACGACAGUGGAGCGUGUAAGGUUAUAUGAGACGCCAAGAGAACUGUAUAGAAAGAUUAGGCUAUCGAGAACAAUGAUAAAUGAUCAUUAUAUGCCAAUGUAUAAAAAGAUGAUGGAACUCUUAAUUACUGAGCUCGAGUGUGAUCCACACUCUUCAUGAGCUUCCCCUCACCUCAUCAAGUCAACUGUACAUUAUAAAUAUUUUAUACACAGAGUUUACAUUGUUUU